AUGGACUCUGAUGCUGCACAAGGCGUGCUUCAGAAGGAACAUCGGGAUGGCACACUUCAGGGCUUCUAUGGAGUGUUGAGGGGACAUGAGAUUUGUAUCUACACAAAGUGGAAAGAUUGCCACCAACUGGUGUCUGGAUAUUGCAAUCCGAUGUUCAAGAAAUUUGAAACUUUCACUGACACUGUUGCUUGGAUGAUCAUGAAAGGAAAGUAUAUUGACAGCAAACCCAUUGGCGGCAAGAUAGGUCUCAUGAAAGAGAAGGCUGUAGAGUCGCCUGUUGUCAAGGUAUCAAAUCUCUCCCUCGACCCCCCAAAGAGCCCUCCCUCAACUGUCAGCUCGAUCUUGGGUGAAUCUUCUGCCCCUUACAAUCACCCAUCUCUCGCUACAUCCUCAAAUGCACCAGCACGGGUGUACCAGUACAUGCAGGAAUUGAGCGGCAUUCAAUCAACACUCUAUAGCCCACCUCCUGCUGACGAUACACCCCUCCCAUCUUUUGGCGAUAUACCUGAUAGCUAUCUUGAGGCCCAUGGUUAUUCUUCUCGUGCCCUCCUCUGCAUUCAGCACGCCCUGGAUAUUAGUAUGUCUGGGCAACAGUUUGUCUAUAAUCUGUCAGGUAGAGGCCUUCCUGUUGCAGAGGCGCAGUGGUUGUGGUUUAUCAUCACUGGAGACAACGAAUUUUAA